UCCAACAAAACUCGGAAUGCCCGAAGAAACGCAAAAAAAGGUAUCAAGAGAGCUCCUCGUCCACAAAAUUCAUUUGUGAUAUACAGAAGAAACAAAAACGCCGAAUUAUUUAACGUUAAGAGGGAAGAACGUAAAAGAUUACCCGAAUUUUCCGAAAUUUCGAAAGAUAUUGCCGACAGUUGGAGUAAAGAAUCCGAUGAUGUAAAAAAGUUUUUUAAAAUUAUGGCAAGAAUGGCAGAAAGGCUUCACUCAAUAAAAUAUCCUUACUAUAAAUACCAACCAGGACCAAUAAAAACUAAA